GUCCUUGUGGAGCUUCACUUCUGUGCAAACAUGCCUGGAGCCAUCAGGCGGGGAGGCCAGCUGAAGGGAACUGGGGCCGUAGGAGCCGGUCGCUGUCGGCUAAGCAAGAUGGGCACUGGCCGCCGGCCGCCUCCAGCCCGUGUGCGGGUGGCUGUGAGACUGCGUCCUUUUGUGGAUGGGACAGCCGGAGCCAAUGACCCGCCUUGUGUCCGGGGCCUGGACAGCUGCUCUCUGGAGGUCGCCAAUUGGAGGAACUAUCAGGAGACUCUGAAGUACCAGUUUGAUGCUUUCUAUGGGGACCGAAGCUCUCAGCAGGAUGUCUAUGCAGGCUCUGUGCAGCCCAUCCUGCGGCACUUGCUGGAAGGGCAGAAUGCCAGUGUGCUCGCCUAUGGGCCCACGGGGGCAGGAAAGACCCACACGAUGCUGGGCAGCCCGGAGCAGCCUGGCGUGAUCCCCCGGGCACUCAUGGAUCUCCUGCACCUCACCCGGGAGGAGGGGGCCGAGGGCCGGCCGUGGGCUCUCUCUGUCACCAUGUCCUACUUAGAGAUCUACCAGGAAAAGGUGUUAGACCUCCUAGAGCCUGCAUCUGGAGACCUGGUGAUCCGCGAAGACUGUCGGGGCAAUAUCCUGAUCCCGGGCCUCACGCAGAAGCCCAUCAGCAGCUUUGCUGAUUUUGAGCAGCACUUCCUGCCAGCCAGUCGAAACCGGACUGUGGGUGCCACCCGGCUGAACCAGCGUUCUUCUCGCAGUCACGCCGUGCUAUUGGUCAAGGUGGACCAGCGGGAGCGCCUGGCCCCGUUUCGCCAGCGGGAAGGAAAACUCUACUUGAUCGACUUGGCUGGCUCAGAGGACAACCGGCGUACAGGCAACCGGGGCCUGCGGCUCAAAGAGAGCGGCGCCAUCAACACGUCCCUCUUCGUGCUGGGCAAGGUGGUCGAUGCACUGAACCAGGGCCUCCCUCGGGUGCCCUACCGUGACAGCAAGCUCACUCGCCUACUUCAGGACUCACUGGGUGGCUCGGCACACAGCAUUCUCAUUGCCAACAUUGCCCCAGAGAGGCGGUACUACCUGGACACGGUCUCUGCGCUCAACUUUGCUGCCAGGUCCAAGGAAGUGAUCAACCGGCCCUUUACCAAUGAGAGUCUGCAACUCCAUGUCUUGGCACCUGUUAAACCAUCUCAGAAGGAACCACUAGGUCCAUCAGAGGCUAAGAGAGCCCGAAGCCCCGAGAAAGAGGAGCUCGAGAGCCCUGAGCCCACAGCAGCCCCAGCCUCUGGUCCCCAGAAACUCGGCCCCCUGCAGGAGCUCAGCAGCAUGGACCCAGCUGUGCUGGAGCGCCUUCUGAGCUUGGACCGGCUGCUGGGCUCCCAGGGCAGCCAAGGGACUCCACUGCUGAACACCCCCAAGCGAGAAAGGAUGAUGCUUAUGAAGACAGUGGAAGAGAAGAACUUGGAAAUUGAGAGGCUUAAGAUGAAGCAGAAAGAAUUGGAGGCCAAAGUGCUGGCACAGGAGGCUACUGACCCAAAGGAGAAGGAGAACUGCUCUCCCACAGCGCUCCGGCUCCUUCCUCGCCGCACGGUCACAGCCGCAAAACCCUUAAAGAAGGCUGUGGUGAUGCCCCUGCAGCUGAUUCAGGAGCAGGCGGCUUCCCCAAGUCCAGAAAUCCAUAUCCUAAAGAAGAGAGGCCGGAAGCGGAAGCUGGAGUCCCUGGAUGCCCCCGAGCCCGAGGAGAAGGCUGAGGACUGCUGGGAACUGCAGAUAAACCCCGGGCUGCUGGCUCAGGGCCGCCAGAGAAUCUUGCAUCUUCUGAACGAGGGCUCCGCUCGGGACCUGCGCAGCCUGCAGCGCAUCGGCCAGAAGAAGGCCCAGCUCAUAGUGGGUUGGAGGGAGCUGCACGGCCCCUUCAGCCAGGUGGAGGACCUGGAGCGUGUGGAAGGCAUAUCCGGGAAGCAGAUGGAGUCGUUCCUGAAGGCCAACAUCCUGGGUCUCGCCGCCGGCCAGCGCUGCGGCCCCUGCUGACUGCCGCCGCCUCCCGUUCUGUGUUUAUUAUCCUUGUGUCAGCGUAAAUCCUUGUGUUGUGUAAAUACAGUUGUUACGCUGC